UCAGCGCAGCCUCUCUCCUUUUAUGGUCAAACGCUUGGGCAGGGGGAGGCUCUUUUCGGCAGCCUUGGGGCUCCAGCGGCUCGCCUUUCCUCCGCCCCAUCCCCGCUUUGCUCAACUCCCCUCUUGGCAAGCCAGGCUGCUUAGAAAGUUGCGCUCGGGCCAGGCAGGCAAAGACGCCUGGCCACGGGCAAGCACCGCCAGAGGCUGCCAUCUGCAGCGCCUCGCCUUCCGGAGAAGACGCAGAGCGCUUUCUAAUCCCGCGGCACCCCGGAGCGGUCUUCGGCCCCUGAAGGUCCUGUGUCACCCUCAGCAAGAUGGCUUCAUCCGGCGCCCCAGGAACUCGCAUGACCUCUACUGUCAGCAUCAACAUCUCCACUCCAAGCUUCUACAGCCCCCAGAAAAAAUUUGCACCCGUCGUUGCUCCCAAGCCCAAAGUGAAUCCCUUCAAGGCUGCUGGACCGAUUCCGGAAAAUGCUUCUGAGCAGAGGCUGCCUCCGGCUGCUGGAGCAUGUGCCCAGAUAGGAAAAGUAGGGGAGAUCCCCAUAGCUGUGACUUUUCCCCCAGCAGAAGAAUUUCCUUUGCCACCACCGCCGCCUCCAGGAGAAGAGAUAGUGGUGGUCCCAAACAACAAUGCAUUCCCUCCUCCACCUCCUCCAUUUGAGGAACCAUUUCCCCCUGCUCCAGAAGAGGUCUUUCCUUCCCCUCCUCCUCCUAUGCUGGAGGAAGAACCCAUGUUUCUGGGUGGCUUGCCUGUUUCCCAGGAGAAGGACCGUGGAAAGAUGAGCAGCAUUGAUCUGGAGAUUGAUUCUUUGUCCUCAAUGCUGGAUGACAUGGAAAAGAAUGACCCUUUCAAAACCCGGCUAUCUUCAGGGCCUAUAUUUCCAGCAAAUGUAGGUUCUGUUUCUAGAACCUCUCUAGAAACUGUAGCUCCAACUAAAGACAGUCCAGUUCCUAUUACCCAGGCUGCAUCUGGUCCCGGUGGAAACUCUGUGGCCAAACAGUCAGAGGAAACGGCUCCUGUUCCUCCACCAUGGGUAAUAGCUAUGAAGCAGCGUAAAGACUUGUCAUCAUCGGUAGCACCUGCUCCUCCUCCAGCUCCGCCAGCUCCAUCAGUUCCUAAAUUCACUACAUCUCUUCCUGCCACGGGUCCAAGAUUUGUACCUAAACCAGCUCCUGUGGCUCCUCCAACCUUGCCAAAACAGCCUGCUUCAUUUCCUGCACAGUCUCAUUUCCCAGCCCCUUUAGGCACAGGCUCAGCUCCGAAGCCUCAGCCUCCCACUUUCACUUACGCACAACAGCGAGAAAAACCGCAAGUCCAGGAGAAGCCAUAUCCUACUGGGCAGCCAUCUGCCCCACGAGAAAUGCGCAACCCCAUAUUUCUUCCAAACGCCGGAUCAGAUCCACCUAGGAACAGCUCUGCUCUGACCAUGAAGGAGGUAGAGGAGCUGGAGAUGUUAACCCAGAAGCUCAUGAAGGACAUGGAUCAUCCACCCCAUGCUGAAGCCUCCACUUCUGAAUUGUGUGGUUUGUGCAGUAAGGCACUAUCUCGGACUCAGCCUGCAGUCCGGGCCUUGGACCAGCUCUUCCACGUUGAAUGCUUCACCUGUUUUAAAUGUGAGAGACAGUUGCAGGGGCAACAGUUCUACAAUGUGGAUGAAAAGCCUUUCUGUGAAGAAUGUUAUGCGGGCACCCUAGAGAAAUGCUGUGUUUGCAAGCAAACAAUCACAGACAGGAUGUUGCGGGCCACUGGUAAUUCUUACCAUCCUCAAUGUUUCACAUGUGUGGUGUGCCACAAACCCUUGGAAGGGGCAUCCUUCAUUGUGGAUAAAACCAACCAGCCACAUUGUGUUGAUGAUUAUCACAGAAAAUAUGCUCCUCGCUGUUCAGUAUGUGCUGAGCCCAUCAUGCCAGAGCCUGGGAAGGAUGAGACUGUUCGUGUGGUGGCCCUGGAGAAGAAUUUCCACAUGAAAUGUUACAAGUGUGAGGAUUGUGGGAAGCCCCUGUCCAUUGAAGCAGAUGACAAUGGUUGCUUCCCUCUGGAUGGCCAUGUGCUGUGUAGGAAAUGUCACACCACACGUGCCAAAGCUGCGGUCUGAGGAUCUUGAAUCAGGAGAUGCUCUCAGUGUAUUCCUCCUGUCCAAAGUAGCAGACCUGAUGAUCUUUUGUAUGCUUUUUCUUAUGACUCCUCCUUAGGAUCAUGAACGCGUUUUGCCUGUCUGGCAAUAUCCCUCCCUUUUCACUAAGGGCUCCUCCACUUCUUCUUUUUUAAAAAUAUGUAUCGCUUACAAUACAAGGUCUUAAGUCCUCACUUUCUGGCUUGGAAACUUACCUUGCUAUAAGCCUUUCGGUCUUACUGAGUAAUAAAAUAAUCCUGGAACAAAAGGCUGGAUUCUUCCAACCUGCUUUUCCUUUGUGGAGCUUUGCCCUGUCCUCUGUUCAAAUGUGGAAUGUAAAUUACUAUUUUAUAUCUUAUUUUAGAGACAGAAUAUACAUUUCACAGCUGGCUUGUUUUCUGUACUGGACUCUCUUGCCAAGAUGCUUCUCUGUGUCCGCAGGAGAACUUUUUGUUCCUGAGUUAAUGGACCAGUUUUCUCCAUGUGUUUCCCAAAUCAAGGUGGUUCCUCUUUUUGUGUGCGUGAACGUGUGAUACUUUGGUCUAAUCACUUCUGCGCUGCACACUAUUCAAAGGGCUACUUAUUUGUUUACAAUGGACUUUUUUGGAGUUUAUUGUGAAGCUGGCAUAGUGAUGUAAUCAGGAGUUGUCCUUCCUCAGCUAUUGUUUUGCAUCAAUAAAGUUGUGCAGUUUUUUUC